AUGUCGCCGCGCACCGUAGGUCUAGCAGAGGCUGUGCGUGUCCCGCCGCUGGCGGCCAGCGGUAGAGGGGACAGGUCCUCAGGCGGCGCCGCCUGGGGCCAGCAAGGAGGGGCGGGGGGGGGCGGGGCGGGGGCGGGGGCGGGCGCUCUUAGCAGCUGCCAGUCCAGACCGCUGGGGAUGCGCGCCUCCCCCCACUACGAACCGGCAAUAAGAGAUAGGUUGGAACGGCUCCUGAAUGCAACACUCGUCGAGGAAAAAUUUAUGAACCGCGGCAUGAAAAUCUACCACAAGUCUACUUUUUCAUCCCAAAUGAAGAAUCGUUCACACCUGGGCCAAAUAGGAAUCUUCACUGACACAGGUGGUACCUCAACUGAAAAACUGGGGCUAGAUCCCACUCUUAUUCUCAGAUUAACAGAAGGUGCAGACACAAAAAGGACUGUCCAUGAAUUUAUUAAUGACCAGAGAGACAGAUCUAUGCUCGAGUAUGCUCUGUCAACCAAAAGAAACACAAUUCAAAAGUUUGAAAAACACGUAACAAUGAAGGAAAGACAACUCAUGAAAGCAGAAAAAAAGCUCAAAGAAGACGCAGUGGCCUUUGAAGAGUUCCUUCGAGAAAACGACCAGAGAUCUGUGGAUGCUCUUAAAAUUGCAGCGCAAGAAACUAUAAACAAACUCCAAAUGACAGCAGAGCUGAAGAAGGCGAGUAUGGAGAUACAGUUGAUGAAAAGUGAAAUAGCAAAAACAGAAUUCCUCCUUAAAGAGUACAUGAACUAUGGAUUUUUUCUGCUGAAAUUGUCUUCAAAACAAUGGCAAAUCCAGCAAGCAAUGAAAAGGGUGUCAAAGAAUAAAGAAAAUGUGAAUGUCAUGCUUCCAAGUAUAAUGACAAGCAGCUCCAGCCAAGCUGAAAGUAUCAGUUCAGAAGACAGUUUGGAAUUCUUUUUAGAUGAUGAUAUGGACUAUGAGCUGGAGCCAGAACUUUAUUUCAAAGAACCCGAAGAGUUACUUCAGGUCCUCACACAGCUGGAAGAGCAGAAUCUCACUUUGGUACAAUACUCCCAAGAUGUAGAUGAAAAUCUUGAAGAUGUAAAUAAAAGAGAAAAACUUAUAUAGGAUAAAAUAAAUACCAACAUAGAGUUUCUUUUGGAACACAAGGAAAUGCUUAAGGCUAACUGUGUAAGAGAAGAGGAAAAAGCAGCAGAACUGGAAUUAAGGUCCAGGCUAUUUAGUUUUGGAGAAUGUAAUUCAGAUGCUCAGGAAAAACUGAUAGACUCUCUUAGUAAAAAAAUUAAUCAAGUAUACAAAGUCUGCAUUGGAGAUGCAGAGGUUGGCAGCCUCAACCCAGUUCAAGAGCUGGUAAAAGUGUCUCGCCUGGUGGAACUGAGUGAUCUCAUUGAAUCCAUUCCCAAAGAAAACAUGGAGGCAACUGAGAGGAUGAAACAAAGAACAACGGCAAAAGUACAGUUGCGUGAAGAGAAAGCGAAAGAAAAACAAAAACACCAGGAGGAAAGGCUAAAAGCUGCUCUGCAAACAGCAGUAGCACAACCAAAGAAAAAGCUGGGAAGACAACUUAUCUACCGCUCAAAACCUCCAUCUGGUAACAAACGUGAACUACUUUUAGUCAAGGAUACAAGAACAAAAUCACUGGAGGAAGAAUAUUUUUUCACUUGA